AUGACAAGCACCACAAUUAUGGUAACAGUUACACAGAUGAUUGUCUUAGAUGCAUUGCUCGUACUCGCUGUGAUGGCUGCUCGCCAAUCAACCUCAAGCACAGUGGAGCAGCCUCUGGAGCAGAUGUGCCCAGUUGUUGGUACCAUCAUAACUGCAUGUUUGGCCAUUGGGACAGCCAUCUACCAUACAGCAAGGGAGUAUACAAUUACAAACCACUCCCAAUUAUUGUUGCUGCAGGCAACACGUGAAGAUCUAUCACAUGGCUUCCCAGGUUCAAACUCUAUGACCAAGUCACUAUCAGGAGUGACCACGGGAGAGGCAGCAGCCAAACCAGCAAUGGCAAGGACUAGAGAGGCAAGAGUGAUCUUCAUUCUGUCGGUCAAAGAUGAACUUGAGGAAUACAAGAUGAUAUAUGGAAAUUGUUGA